AUGGCUUUCUUGGCACUGCUCUUCAUCGGAACCGCUUCCACUGCGGUCGCCGAUUCCCUGGUGGCCUAUGACUUCGCCGGCCGCGGCAGCGCGGACGCCGUGGCCGGGCUGCUGGCACGCGUGCUGCAGCAGUCGGAGGCUGAGAUUUGGUCCUCCUUCGACCUGCAGCUGGCACCCCGCUGCCGUAGGGCCAAGCCGCCCACAGCCAAAACGGAGCUUUGCUUCGACCUGGAGUCGGCAGGCGGAAAGGUCAAGGUCUCCGCAACGAGCGGCAUCGACUUGGCCUACGGUGCGGCCUGGUAUUUGCGGAGCUACUGCAACAUGUCCUUCUCCUGGAACCGCACCGGUGGGCACCAGGUGAUGGUUCCUUCCCAGUGGCCCUCGGUGACAGAGCCAAUCACACGCUACCGGACUGUGCCUAUCAGCUACUUCAACAAUGUGGUGACCUUCAGCUACAGCUACGCCUGGUAUGACUUUGAGCAAUGGGAGGCUUGGUUGGACUGGGCUGCCUUGAAUGGCAUCAACGUGGUGUUGGCCUAUACCGGGCAGGAGGAGACGGGUCUGACCUCUUGUGCUUUCUCCACAUGCCAGACAUGGGAGAUAUACCGGAAGACCUUUAACAGCUUCGGCGUCACGGAUGACCAAUUUGCUGCCUGGAGCAACGGUGUGGCGUGGCUUGCUUGGAGCCGAGGGCAAUCUAUGCAUGGCAUUGGGAACGACUGUGGAGAUGCCUGCAUGCCACUGCCCUUGUCGUGGAUGAGGAGCCAAUGGCAGCUUCAGACGCAGAUCUUGGAGCGCAGCAGGAGUUUGGGCAUGGUCAGUGUGCUGCCGACCUUCCAAGGGAACCUGCCACCGGUCUUCCGGCAACUGCAGCCACGGGCGAACAUCAGCAAGACGGGACCCGCUUGGUUGGAUGCCUUGGAUCCGCUGUUUGCUGAAAUCCAGAAGAGAUACAUGGAGACCAUGAUUGGUGAUUGGGGCACAGAUCACUGGUAUGAAACCGAUGGAUAUUUCGAUCAGCAGCAGGGCCCCUGGAAGGCCCAAGCUUUGACCACUGAAGCUUCAGCCUGGAGGAGUCCAGAGGAUGUGCCUGUCGAUCCACACGCCUUCGCGCAUGCGGCCGCGGCUUAUAAAUCCAUGAACGCCACUGAUCCCAAAGCAGUAUGGCUGUGUCAAGGGUGGAUCUGGCGUGGUUGGGGGGCAGACAAGCUUCCCUUCAUGAAGGGUUUUGUGUCUGCAGUGCCUCCGAAGCACUUCGUGAUGCUGGAUAUGUUUGAUGAAGCCGACCCGGAAUGGGACAAGUUCGAGGAUUUUGGCUAUUUUGGCACCCCGUUCAUUUGGUCUGUUCUGCACAAUUUUGGCGGCAACACCGGCAUGUGGGGCAGCCUGCCUACCUUGAACUCUGCUCCCUUUGCGGCCUUUAAUCGAACAGCCAAUGUGGCGGGUACAGGAGCUGCGCCUGAAGGUAUUGAUCAGAAUCCCUUCUAUUACAGUUUCCUGACCGAUUUGUCCUGGCUGCAAGCACCAGUGAACUUGAGCUCCUGGACAGAUGCCUGGACUCUUCAGCGUUAUGGCAGGAGUAGUCCAGCGGCGCAGAAGGCCUUUGGCCUUCUACUGCAGUCUGUCUAUAGCAACGAAACCAACCAGCGAGCCAUCCACUCCCUCGGUGGUUUUCAGGCGGAGAAGAAUUCCGACGGCCUCACUGGUAUGCCGCUGGGCGGCUCGUACGAGACUCCACACCCCAGCUGGUAUGACCUCUCGGUGGCCAUCGACGCCUGGAAGGCUUUGAUCGCGGCGGCCGAAGCCAUGCCACGCAUCCCCGAGACCCUGCGCUACGACCUGGUGAACCUCGGCCGUGAGGUGCUAAGCAAGAUAUCCAACGAAUUCUUCUCCAAGUUGGCGUCUGCGACCACGGCGGGUGCAGUCAAAGCAGCUGGAUCGGAGAUGUUGAACUUGCUCUUGGAUGUGGAUAGACUCCUUUGUAGCUCGGGUGCUUUCCUGGCCUCCACAUGGAUUGCCAACAGCGUGCGCUGGGCUGAUGGCAAUGCCACGCUGGAGAGGUAUUUCGAGAUGGCUGCAAGGAGCCAGACCACGGUGUGGACGCCACAAACUCCAGGCUCCACCACCUUAACCAGCCUUUGUGACUAUGCCAACAAGCAGUGGGCUGGUCAGGUGGGUGGCUUCUACCGAUUGCGCUACGAAUGCUACAUCGUGCAGGCGCCACCAUCGGCCUUGGCCCAGUUGGAGCUUCAGUUGUUUUGGCACGUCGAAACACAGAGGCUUUAUGAGGCUUUUUUUUAG